AUGGCGCCACCGCAAGCCACCCGCGACCUCGACAACCCCUACGUCCACCAAAUGCCCAAUAACCACAUCCUCUGCGCCUUCCGAAACCACGACCUAGGCAACGGACCAAAGGAAGACCCAACCUGGUACCGCAUCACCAUAACCACGUCAUCCGACCUAGGGGCCACGUGGAACUUCCUCACCCAGGCCAUCGAAAUGCCCGGCGGCGCCGACGGCCCCUGGGAGCCCUUCAUGCAGACCGGUAUCGACGGUAAUACGCAGCUGUACUACUCGAAAGAGACGGGUGCAGGCGGCCAGGACAGCAUCAUUCGCGAGACGACGGACAACGGGGCGAUCUGGACCCCCGAGCGCGUGUUCACCGGCUUGGAUACGAAUGCGCGUGACGGUAUGCUAGGUGUUGCGAGGGUGGCGAAAGAUAGUCCUACGAAGGUCGCUAUCUUCGAGUCUGGCACGGACGGGCACUUCAUUGUGCAGACGGUACGCAGCACGGAUGAUGGAAAGACGUGGGAGCCUACGCGAUAUACGGUAUCGAGCAACCCGGGGUGGAACGCGGGGGCGCCGCAGAUUAUUCGCGUGGGGUCUACGCUUGUUGGGAGCUUCGGGACUAAUGAGAAGGGUGGGGAGUGGCCGGAGAGUGCGAUGGCGCUGAAGAUCAGUAAGGAUGGAGGAGAGACGUGGACGGAUGAGACUGUUGUGCAUGAGUUGCCGGCCAUGUGGGCGGGGCUGAUAGGGCUUGACGAUACUACAUUUUUGGCGCUGUAUGAGACGGGUGGGACGAGCUAUGCGCAGAAGAUGAGAUUAGGGUAG